CCUAUUGUUUCUCUUCAAUACACCAACACUAAUAGUCUGUGUCCUACUCAUCCUUUCAUAUAAUAUUUAACUGAUACUAACAUUUGUGUCAAUGGAGUUCAAAUACAAUGCUAACAUUUUAACUGAUACACCUAACAUUUUUUGUUUGAAAUGUAGGUUUCUGUACAAUGGCGUUGCAAAUGGUAAAUGCAGACCACUUCCAAGCACAGUAUACAUGCUAUUCAGAGCUUCAGAAAUCAGUUGACAUCAUCAAAAAGAAACUCACACCUUUAGACCUGGGUCGCUUCAAGAAGGAGUCCCCUUUCGGCCACCUACUUGAGUCCCCUCCAUUGCAAUUUUCAGGCCAAAUCAUCCAUCUGUUGCUUGUGCACCUCACAAGAGAACAUGUAGAUGAUGAACUACGCUUUAACAUAGGUGGUUCGAUUUUAAAAUUUGAUUACGGGGAAUGGUGUCGCAUUAUUGGAAUGCCCUCUACCAAGCUUUAUGGAGAGGAUGGUGGCGAUGAGGAUGAGGAUUCUGCAUUGGGGAGAAUUCGGAAAAAAUUUUUGGGCAAUGAUAAGGGGAAAACAACAUUUGCGCAUGUGCGCAAAUGUUUUCAUGCUCUUGAUGAAGAAAAUGGGGGUGAUGAAGUCUUUCAGUUUGCUAAGUUGUUUUUUGCGGAGUCCGUGUUACUAGCUAGAGUCAAGGGGACCGGUGUUGAAAUGUCUCACCUUCACCUCUUAGGUAGCGCUCACAAGUUCAACGCUUAUCCUUGGGGGUGGGAGUCAUAUCUUCUCACGGUACGCCAUCUAAAGGCAGCUAUGGAGGGGCAACCGGCUCGUUUCUUGUCAAAGCAAGCUGAAAACCCCAAUAUGAAGACAUGCAAAUUCUCUUUCUAUGGUUUUCCCUAUGUGUUGCAAGUGUGGGCUUAUGAGCAAUUCCCACAACUUAAAGGAGUUUUUGCAGACUUUCAUGAAGAAAUAGUUGGUUGUCCAUUUCUGAAAUGGGGGUCAAAAAAGUUCCCUCAAUACAACCAACUAAAAGAGCUAAUUCUUGGCAAGGAUGAGGGUAACAUAUCAAAGAAACUGGAGUAUGCGAUACAUCAUCUUGUUUCAGAGGUGGUGCAUAUGCGAGAGGUUAUGGAUGCAAAGUUUGGAGACCUUAAAGUCAAGAUACAAACGCUUUCUAAGAAAGUAGAUGUCUUGUUAAAGAAGAAAAAGAAGAGGACACACAACACCACACAAGCAACUGAGGAGGCGGAGGAGGACGAGGAGGUGGUUGGAGAUUCCGAUCAUGAGCAGGUUGAGGAAGACAUUGAAGAAGAGGAGGUGGUGGACAUUGAAGAAGAGGAGGUGGAGGAUGAGAAUGAGGGGGUGGAUGAAGAUAGUGGACAUGAAGAGUGUAAGGAAGAGGUCGGGGUGGAAGUGGAAGAGGAUGAAGAGAGCAUUAGACAACGAAACAAUCGAAAGCGGUCGAGGGUCGUAGAUGAUGGAGAACCGUUUGAGGAAAAGGAAACCGAACUUCCAAUGCCAUCACCACCCGGAAUUGAGAAUCCACAAAAAGAUUUGGAGGAAGCCACGGCGGAGGUGCAAGGGGUAAUUCUUGGGCUUUAUGAGGACAAACUUAUUGAUACCCAAGAGUAUGCCAGACAAGUGUUAUCCCCUGGUCCUGUAGAGUUUGUUUAUGAGCAAGCUGAAGACGUUGAACCUCCAACGAAAACCAUUGCAGUUACGAAGCCUUUGGCCCGGGAAACUAGGCUACGGAAGAAAUCUCGGGAAUGGGAACAAUUCAAAUGUUGGGUUGAAGAAGAAGAUGAGAAAAAUCCAAAUAAACUCAGGCUGCAAUGUCACUAUGUUCACGAGGUUGACCGUCAUUUCUUCAGGACUUUGUUGGGCUAUGAUUUGUGGUUAAGCAGUGAUCAUGUUCAAACCAUUGUUGAGUUAUUGAUGGCUGGGGUUGAUCUCAUUGGAGUGCAAGGCCGAUGUUUAUAUGGUCCAAUGUUCACGAAAAGUUCUUCGGACCAUGCUUGGCUACGGGAUAAGAUGCUACGGAAGUUGGACUGGACACAAAUGGAAAAGGUCUUCAUGACUAUCCAUGCUAGAAACCGGCAUUGGGUUUUAGCAGAGCUUGAUUUCCCCAAUGCGACUAUUUGGGUAUAUGAUUCCUUGAAAAAUGCACAGAGCAAAUCCUAUGUGCGUCCAAUCCUUGAAAGACUACCUCCCCUUUUUCAAACUGUCAAAACUACCGAGCAACAGAGACGUACCCAGGCAUGGACAGUGGAGUUCCCCAAGGAUGUCCCCCAGCAGUCUGAUGGAAAUGCGUGUGGCGUUAUGAUAUUUGCAUUUGCAGAGUACCUAUUGGCCGGUUUGCCACUACUUCCUGACUGCACAUACGAACAUGUGGACGACUUCCGUAGGCAAUAUGCAGCACGUAUAUAUCGGAAGACAGUGGCCUAAAGAUUGUGGAAUAUAUAUAUAUUUUAUUAACGCACAACUAUGACGGCUUAUCUCACCUUGCUAAUAUAUGAAAGGCAUUUUU